AUGAAUGUUUCUUCUUCUCCAGCCUUUUCUUCGCUGACUUCACAGGCGCUGCCACUUUCUACCCUUUCUUCUGCUUCUUUGUCCGACUUGGUAUCUGGAAAUCAUGGGGCUGGCGUCUCAAUGUCGAUUCCACCUAGCCCUAUUGACCCUGCGGCGUCAUCCAUAGUUCAACAGAGGCCCGCCGCCGCCGGCCUGCCGCCUCCUGGAGCUGUAGUUACUCAGCAAAUGUACCCUGGGUUUCCCUCUUUCCAACCUCCUCCAAUGGCUGCUCCCGCGGCGGCUCCUCCGCCACAAGGUAUUUGGUUGCAGCCAAUGCCACAACAAGUUCCUGGCAUGAUGCGGCCGCAGCCACCGUUUCUGCCGUAUGCUCCGCCUGCCGUUUUCCCCUCCGGUCAUUUUCCUUUGCCAGGACCUGGAAACCCUAACCUAAACCCCCGCCCUUUUCCUGGCGUUUUACCGGUGCCAAGUAUGGGUGUGAAUUUUCAUAUGGUUCCUCCUCCUGCGACUUUGCCGACGGCUUCAAGUCAGCAGUUUGUGCGGCCUCCAGGGACCCAGACAGAAUUAACUCCUCCAGGAAUUGAGACCAACAGACAUUCCCUUGACCCUGACAUGAAGGGUAAUGGUGCUCCUAAUGAAGCGUCAGAUGCUUGGACUGCUCACAAGACUGACACCGGAGUUACAUACUAUUACAAUGCUGUGUCGAGAGUAUCCACUUACGAAAAACCUCCUGGUUUUAAAUCGGAGCCAGAUAGAGUUGCGGGUCAGCCACUUCCAGUAUCAAUGGAGAAUUUAGCUGGGACACAUUGGGCCUUGGUCACCACAAAUGACGGAAAGAAGUAUUACUACAACAACAUAACAAAGGUAAGCAGCUGGCAGGUCCCAAAUGAGGUGGUGGAAUGGAGAAAGAAGCAGGAUGAUGUGUUAAAAGAACAAGCAAUGCCAGCCCCACAGGCUAAUGUCUCCACUGAUACAGGAUCUACUACAGUCAGUUUAAGUACUCCGGCAAUUGCCACUGGUGGCCGUGAUGCCUUGGCUUUGAGAGGCUCAAGUAUGCCAGGGACAUCAUCUGCAUUGGAUCUGAUAAAAAAGAAGCUGCAAGACUCUGGAUCUCCGGUAACUUCAUCCCUUGCUCCAGUUUCAUCAGGAGUACUAACGUCUGAAUCUAAUGGAUCAAAAGCUGUUGAAGCUGCUACAGCUAAGGGCAUGCCGAGUGAAAGUAGCAAAGAGAAACUAAAAGACACAAACGAGGAUGGUAACAUGUCAGAUUCAUCAUCAGAUACAGAGGAAGACAAUGGGCCAACAAAGGAGGAGUGCAUUGUACAAUUCAAGGAGAUGCUCAAGGAAAGAGGGGUGGCACCAUUCUCAAAAUGGGAGAAGGAGCUGCCGAAGAUUGUGUUUGAUCCACGUUUUAAGGCUAUACCAAGUCAUUCUGCUCGGAGGUCCUUGUUUGAGCACUAUGUGAAAACACGUGCUGAGGAGGAGCGCAAGGAGAAACGUGCAGCUCAGAAGGCUGCAGUAGAGGGAUUUAAGCAGUUACUAGAAGAAGCAUCAGAGGAUAUUGACCAGUAUACUGAUUAUUAUACUUUCCGGAAGAAGUGGGGGAAUGACCCAAGGUUCGAGGCCCUUGACCGUAAGGACAGAGAGCAUUUGUUGAAUGAAAGGGUUCUUAACUUGAGGAAGGCAGCAAGAGAAAAAGCUCAAGCUGAGCGUUCAGUAGUAGCUGCUGGUUUCAAGUCUAUGCUCCGAGAAAGAGGAGAUAUAACCGUGCAUUCACGUUGGUCCAGGGUUAAGGACAGUUUAAGGAAUGAUCCCAGGUACAAGACUAUAAAGCAUGAGGAUCGGGAGGCUUUAUUCAAUGAGUAUUUAUCCGACUUAAAAGCAGCAGAUCAGGAAGCCGAGCGUGAAAUGAAAGCCAAGAGGGAUGAACAGGAGAGGCUGAAAGAAAGGGAGCGGGACUUGCGAAAACGAAAAGAAAGGGAGGAACAAGAAAUGGACAGGGUGCGACUAAAAGUUAGGAGGAAGGAGGCAACAUCUUCUUUUCAGGCUUUGCUCGUGGAAACAAUCAAGGACCCACAGGCAUCUUGGACAGAAUCAAAGACCAGACUGGAGAAGGAUCCUCAAGGACGUGCAACACACCCUGAUUUAGAUCCUUCAGAAACUGAGAGACUUUUCCGUGAGCAUGUGAAGAUGUUGCAAGAGCGAUGUGUUCAAGAGUACAAAGCCUUGUUGGCUGAAGUCAUAACUGUUGAAGCAGCUGCAGACAAGAUGGAAGAUGGGAAAACAGUCCUAGAUUCAUGGUCAACGGCGAAGCGAUUACUGAAAGUUGAUCCCAGGUACAACAAGAUCCACAGGAAGGAGAGGGAGAGCCUCUGGCGUCGGCAUGCGGACGAGAUGAUUGAAGAAGCUAAAAGCAGGAGUAAGUGA